AUGGUUGAGUUCGACAUGAUAGACCUUGGAAAAAUGAGAUAUUUACUGGGCAUUGAAGUGAUACAAGGUUUUGAUGGGAUCUUUAUCAGUCAACAAAAGUAUGCUCAAGAGGUCUUGGAGAGAUUCAACAUGGUUCAAUGUAAUUCAGUACUCAACCCCGUGGUUCCUGGUUUUAAACUCACAAAGGAUGAAGGAGGAGUCGAAGUUGAUAGCAUUAUUUACAAACAGAUGGUGGGAAGCCUCAUGUAUUUAAGAAGCACACGUCCUGAUUUAAUGUAUAUUGUUAGUUUGAUCAGUCAAUACAUGGAGCGUCCAAUUGAAGCUCACUUGUUGGCAGCAAAAAGGGAGGAAAGGUAUGUAAAAGGGACUAUUGAUUUGGGGAUAUCCUACAAGAAGGGAGGAAAGGAUGAGCUUAUUGGGUAUACAGACAGUGACUAUGCUAGUGAUCAAGAUGAUAGGAAAAGCACCCAGAUGUGUGUUGCUUAG